AUGAGUACUUCGUGGCUAGAGCGAGUAGCCCAUCAGGAUUCCCCGGCAGCAUCUGUUCCCGCACUACAAUUGGCCGCUAACCGGCACCGAUCGGCGGGCAUUAUGAAUUCGGACGAUGCUGCGACAGCUGUGGCAGUGGCCAGUAAAAGCUCACUUGCCUUUAUCCUUGGCGGUAAUGUAGAUGAGGAUCAGACCCAUUCUGCUGGUGCUAGCUUUGCUAAUCUUAUGGUUGCUUCAAGUGUUUCGGUGACGGAGAACUUGGCAGUUGAUGUGUCACUUCCAAAGGGAAUGAAAGUGACAGUAAAGAAGUCUCGCAUUUGUAAGUUUGAAAAUUGUACGCGCUACGUGGUAAAUCGUGGACUUUGUAUUGGUCACGGUGGUGGGAAGCGAUGCGCUGUUGUGGGGUGCACGAGUAGUGCUAAAAAUUUGGGUGUGUGCUGGAAACACGGUGGCUCAACCAAGUGCACAGUAGUUGAGUGCGAAAAUCGUGCUAAGUCUCGCGGCGUCUGCUGGUCUCACGGUGGAGGCCGCAAAUGCAGCGAGGCCAGCUGUACCAAGACGGCAGUAUCUCACGGUCUUUGCUGGGCUCAUGGAGGAGGCAAACGAUGUGUAGUAGAAGGGUGUCGCAAGCCAGCUUACGAACGCAACGGUAACGUAUGCUCUCUACACCAAGCCUCAAGCGCCGAUGCAUCACACAUCACUGCGCCACGAUAA